UCUCCCCUUCCUCACACCGUGGUCUCCUCCAUCAUCAUCCAUCCACCUGCUGUCGUUCUCUGAGCCCUAGCUGCAGUUAACAUGUCUUUAAUGGGUUAACUCUAGUGUUUCUUGCUAAACAUUUGCUCAGCAAACAGGAGCUGGGCGUGACCAUCGAGCCUCCUGGUCAGAUGUUUGGGUUCUCGUGUAAGGUGUGUGAUGGAGGUAUGCGAGGGGCAACAGGAGGUCCUGAGGGAUCUAAACAAGAGGCUCAGUGGCUUCCUGGAACACGCAGCUCAGCUUCAGAAGAUCAACCUGUACCUCCAGCAGCAGAUCACGGCAUGGAUAACGCCGCUGGAGAGAGACUGGAGCUCGCAGGAGAGGAUGGUGGAGGAGCUACGUGCUCAGAUUAGCCACAUGCUAAUGGAAAAUGCUGAGCUGGCCCUGCGUUUCGAUUGCAUUGAGUCCACCGUUCACUAUCUACAGAGCAGAUGUGAGCUGGAGCAGAAGCUGCGUCUCCGACUCGAGCAGCUGAUACCGGAGCUGAGACAGAAGAAGAUGAACCUGGACCGGGCCAACACACUGCUGGAGGAACAGUUACACACAUCCACACUGGACCUACACACCAUGCAGGAAGAGCACGAGAGGGAGUUGUUUGUGCAGCAGCAGCAGGCAGCAGUAGGGGAGGAUGGCAGAGGAAUGGAGCUCCGGCGUUUCGGCCCAGCACACGGUGACCUCGGCUCAGCUGCACUCACUAAUCGAGCCCCAGGCUUCAGGCCUACAGCGCACACCAGGCCCAGGACGGACACGCCCAGUCCGAACGGAGACCAACCUCCACAGGUGAGUCGCGGGGAUGAGGCCUUGCGAAAGGCGAGGGCGGAGCUCACUGAAGUCCGAAAGCGGUGGCACAGUUUACAGGUGGAGGUCGAGUCUCUACAUGCCGUGGAGCGCAGUCUGCAGAGCUCUCUGAAACACACACAGCGUCAGUACUCGCUGCAGCUGCGGGAUCUGUCGCGCUCGGUGUGUGAGCUGGAGGCCGAGCUGGAUGGCGUGCGUGAAGGUCUCGCUGCUCAGAAAAAACACCACAACCAGCUGCUCAACACCAAGAUGAGGCUGGAGAGAGAGAUCGCCACCUACAGGAGACUGCUGGAGCACGAGGAGGGCAGGUUUUUCAGUGUCGAUGGACAGCCGCGGAAACUGAAGUCCUGGAAACCUUCGAGUCAGCAGAAUGGAGUGUGUAAUGGCUUCGAGAAAGAAAGCACCAUCGCUGAGAAGCCAGCCAAUCAGGGCCCAGCUUUCCACCGACAGGGCAGCCUCGUCAUCUUCACAGAGCCCAUAGUGAGCAGAGACGGGGAAAUUAGCACGGUGAAGACUCAGGAGAUUGUGGAGGGGAACGUAGUGAGAGAAAGCGCAGAGGGACACGGACGAGUCGAAACGGAGAAGAUCGAUAAGGUGAUUAAACAGUGGGAAGGAUCGAUUUUCCAAGGAAACCCGAAGCUGAGGAAGAAAUCUGUGUCUCUGCGCUUCGACCUGCACAUGGCUGUCGCUGACGAAGGCUGCGCUCAGAGCAAACAGGACAGUUUACCGGACGUGGAGGUUCGGCUGGUGAUGAAACGAUCCCGCAGCAUCCCCUCCAUAACGCAGUGACCUCGUACGGAAAGCCAGCAGGGUUAAAACGUGCAGCACGGCCCUAGCACGUGAAAGUUGUUGUUUUUUUUUUUUUUGAGAACAUACUACAUUUGUCUUGUAUGCAAUAAUUUAAUGUGCGGGUUUUAUUAUUUUAUUUUAGGGUGCCAAAACUUUUAUUAUUCCCGCUUAUAGCCCUGUCAUCGCAAAGCACUUCCCGGAUCUGGACAUGAUGACAUUGCUGUGUUUACAUGAGACUUUUGGCAACCAUGGCAAAAUUAGCAUCCUCUAUUAGCAAGGAUUUAAAGUUGCACGUUGCUAGCGUGCAUUGAGUUCAUCAGAAGUUUCUAGAAAUAUAGUUUAUUCACAAUUUUUACAUUAAACUUUGCCAUUUAAAGCAUGUUUUAAACACUCCAGACGCUUGACUGGAAGUUAAGAACUGAUUAGCGGAAAGAUUAGCAAAAGUUUAAUUGGAUUAGCAUUCGAGCUUAGCAAAUAUUUGAAAUCUUUAAAAAUGAACUCGACCAUUCGUGUGGUGUGCGGCCAUGAAGCUCAGACCCAAUCAUUAAUACAUCAAGAAUAAUUUGUUUCUGCAUCAACACCAUGAGCUUAAUGCUAAACCAAAGCAUUAGCAAGGACGUUAGAUCUGUUUUACGGUUAGAAGAAAAGAAAAUGAUCCCUUUCUUCUCUCGAGUAAAAGAAAUUGGAUUUUACACCCCAGUGAGCUCAGGGUGAGAAUUAUAGCAUUUCAUUUGUUGUGGAGAAAAAAAAAAAGGCUUCGGUGUUUUAAAAUGCUAGCGAA